AUGAAUAAAUUUGGACAAGAAUAUCAGGCAGGCCUGAAGAAAGUCGAAUCUGCGCAAUUAUCUGCCAUUGAGAUUCUCGCACUACGUUCGUUCCUCCUUUGGGCUGCUGAGCCUAAUGAUGCAGGCCGAUAUGUGCUUCGGCGAUUAUCCGAAAACCCGCAGUGCACCUUGGAGGAGACACUUCGCUCGAUCCGAAAGGACUGGUUGACAUUGGCAAAUAAAAUGUGUCGCGAUGACCAAGUAUCUCCAGAAAUUGAAGCCGGUCUCAGGGAGCGAGAUGGGCAUCGUUGCUGUAUUACAGGCUCAACCGUCGAUGUUAAGCCUAUAUAUAUACUCGCUCCAUCGCUCGUGAACGAUAGCGACCUGUGCCCUGGGGGAUAUUUGCGACCGAUGCUGGAGGCGCUCCUAACUCGCGAGAGGGUUGAGGAGAUUUUUAGUUUACUCGAGACGCGUAAUCAGAAGAAUGAGCUGAAAAACCUCUGGCUAAUGUCUCGGCCAUGGUGGGUUGAAGCCGUCUCACCUCGAAAUAUAUUACCCGAGUCUUUGGAUGGGCAUGAGUCGUUCUAUAAAAUCCCAUCGACACCGAAUCCGGAUACUCAUCCGCUUCCAGUGAAUGUGCUGUUAAACGUCCAUAUUAUUAUUACCAGAGCUUUGCAUUUCCAUGUUAUAGAGGAGCACAUGCGACUGGGGUGGCCUGAGUGGACCGAGCCUAGAACUCUUGGACAAACGGGGAGAUUUUUGCUUCGAGGAUUUUUGCGCGUUCUGCCCAACUUUGCCCGGAUACCCCUUUAUAAGCUGAUCGUUCGACUGGUUGAGUACUUUGAUCCUAUCCAAAGGAAAUGCUCCAUCAAAUGUCUCCCACUGGGUCUAUGCCUCAAGGUGGCCCGCCAGUACACAGAAAACGAGGCGAACGCCUUACUAUUAGUGGAGAAGUAUACGACAAUAAAUGCACCUAAAUUGAUUGACUCUGUCGUGAUAGAUGACAAAUCGGGGUUCAUCCUGAUGACAAGAAUUUUUGGACAUCCAUUGAACGGUGUACAUUACCGGACAACAUUUGAAGAGCGGGAGCAGAUAGGAAAAGACCUGGCCGGUUGGAUCGAACAGCUACGACGGAUUCCAAACAACACAAACCAUCUCAUCGCGAACACAUUGGGUGGUCCAAUUUGUGACCAUCGACACGGGCAAGAUGACAACUCUUGGGGUCCAUAUAACUCAGUUGCCGAUUUCACGGACCGGCUCGUUCGAGAUGUCGUCGACAUCGACAAACGUAAACACGAGCGUCCAAUUUCCCUCCUAUAUGAGAAGAAGCAUGAGGUUGUAUUCACGCAUUCCGACCUCCACAUGUCGAACAUUAUUAUUCGGUCUGGCCGACUACAUGGCCUUAUCGAUUUCGAAAACGCAGGGUUUAAGCCGGAGUAUUGGGAAUUCACCCGAGCUUUGUGGCCGUAUGGGAGCCAAAACGAGAAGGAAUAUAUAUAUCACAGCACAUUUGGUGAUAAGUACAAGGAGGAAUUGGAAGCAGAAGUGUUCAUUUUGCUAAAUGCGCCAUUUAUUUUGUGA